AGGACGGGGCAGGGCAGCGGGAAGGGCCUGGCGAGUGUGUGGCGGCCCAGCACGGCGGCGGCGGGUGUGUCCUGCCCGGGGCUGUUGUUGGUCACACAGGCACCUCAGGGCGGGAGGAGGUGCGGCUAAUGUUCACACAGGGCAGCCUCCUCUGGCAAAAUGCUCCAGUGAGGUCCGCCAUGGUCACGCUGCUGGGGGACACGCACUUCUGGACGCUGAGGGACGAUGUGGUUAUCAAGGACGCAGACAUGGGCGCCUUCAGGUACCAGGACAAGAACACAGUGAGCAAGGAGCGAGUCUACUAUGAGGACAAGAGGCAGUACCUGGAGGCGCGGGGGUUGAUGGUGACCCCAAAGAACAGCCGCCCCAUCAGACUGAGGGACUCGCUCAGGGAGUUUGAAGAGUUGCUGGCCAAGGAGCGUGUGGUGUGGGAAGCCUGGAAGUCACCCACACUGUACCAGCUGAUCUUCGCCUCAGGAAUCAUCACAACCCUCUCUGUCAACGCCCAGACCGGGGACCUGACCAGGGUGGCCUUUGACAAGUUCCUGGUGGGCAAACUGCUUUCCGAACACCUGGCUGAUGUUGUCAUCACACAGCACCACAUGAUAUUCUCGUACAAUGAGUGCCGGCUCACUGUGGUGCACCUGAUGCGCCCAGCACCUGAGGGCCAGGUCAUUGAGAAGCUAUCAGCACUGGACCCCAAGCUGCACACCUGUGAAGUGGCGGGACCCUCAGGGCGUCGCUUUGAACGGAAACUAUCGGCCAACCUCUCGGGGGACAUGGUGGUUGUGUGGUGGCAGACGAGCGACGACGAGGUGUACCCCUGGAGUCCCCUCGCCAAAGACCGGGACCGUGCCAACAUCCUGGUCUAUGGUCUGCGGGGCGCCUCGCUAGACCUCGUGUGUUACUGCCGCACAGAGAUGGCCCCUUUGAGCGUCUCCUUCAGCCACCUUCAGCCCAGCGUGUUGCUGACAGUGGAGCAAGGCUUUGGGCGCAAGGGUGGAGUGACGGUGCUAAGCUGUGUGUAUGAGGUUGAGCGUGGGGCCCUGCACCGCGUGGGUGUGAGCAGUGUUCCCCUGGAGGCGCCCCUCACCGCCCAUGGCCACACCCCCGCCGAGGACAGGCUGCUGCUGGCCUGCAACAACGGGGUGCUGGCCCUGCACGGCGAGGCCCGUGGCACCACACACCUCACCAAGGCCGGCCUCAUCCCCGCGGCCCUGGCCUGGCUGGACACUGGCACACUAGUGGCUGCAGCAAAUGAGCGUGGCCAGCUGCAGUGCUUUGACCUGGCCCUCUCCCUGGUGCGGCUGCAGCUAUCCGCCGAGGACCCCGCGCCCCAGCGUGUGCUGGACCUCUCAGAGCACCUGAGUCACCGGCCCAGCCUGGCACGGCUGAGCUGGGCGCCGGGGCGGCCGCCGGGCGACACCCAGGCCGGGCCACGCCUCCUGCUGCUGCACUACACCCGGGGGCCGCUGGCCUGCAUCAGGGUGGACAGCGGGGCCGAGGGCCGGGGCGGCCUGUCAGCCCUGGCACUGGCCAGCCAGUACGUGAAGCACCGCCAGCUGGACGAGGCGGUCAACCUGCUGGUGUCCCUCAGCUGGGAGCAGGAGGGGCCGGCGGCCAUGAAGUGCCUGGCGGCCGUGGCCAAUCACCUGCUGCGCUGCCCCCUCACCCCCAUGCGCCUGGCUCAGCUAGAGGCGGCCCUGGCCACCUUCCACGUCCCGCUGCAGCCCCUCAGCCCGGCCAUUGAGGAGGAGUUUGGCCCGGCCGUGCGCGCCCUAACCAGGAGGUUCUUCUUCAAGGUGUUGAGGUCAGGUCGGCUGGAGAAGGCCUACCGUCUCUCCCUUGACCUCCAGGACUACGACUGUUUCCUGGCCGUCCACUCCAUGGCACAGCGCCGGGGCGAGACUCAAAUCGCAGCGGCGGCACUCGAGAACGCCCACAGCCUCGAGUCAUCCUGUGGGUCGAGUGCCUCCUGCAGCUCCCUCCUCUAUGGGGGGUCCGACGGCAAUACUUCGGAGUCCUGCGGAGAUUCCUGCUCGACGUGCUUCUCCAGGAGUCCGUCAGAAGGGGAGGAGGAGGAGGAGGCUGCAGCGGCGAGUGACCCAGUUCCGUCAGGGUUGCCGAGCGGAAGGGGCAGCGUUCAACCACCCUUGCAACCAGUGCUGAACCUGGCGGAUAGGCUACGACAUAUGAGCAUAGGAGGCAGUACCCCACCCUCGGCAGCACCCCAGGCCGCCCCAGAGCUACCCCCAAGAAGCCCCAGCAGACCACAUAGACCGCCUAGCCUGCCGCACGCCAUAACCUCGCUUGACGGUACCAUAACUAUUAACAUACGCCAGCAAGAAGCAUCUCCCCGCCACCCCAUCCCUCAGCACACAGGCGCCCCACACACCCUACCUCACCCCUACACCCCAGUCACACCCCAGACUCACUACGCAAGGGCUGGGGGGGUCGUGAGGGGUCCCAGGCCAGCACGGGAGGUGUUCUACUCUUCCGAUCCCAAUGAAGAAUUUGUGGACUCGGAAAUGGUGUCGGUUUUCAUGGACAAAAAGGACAUGAGGAAGAGUUACGAGAGAGCGGUUUACCAUGGUUUAGAUGGCUACUUCUGGGAGCCAAGAAGUGUCUACCGAGGAAGAGGACGGCGGGACAGUGAAGGUUGUGCACUUCGGCGUGGUGUGAGGCCGCCCCAAGGCACCGCCCGAGGAGCUCCACCGCCCGCCCGCUGGCUCAACCCCAGGAGACAGUGAGUAACCUGCCGUCAGCGCUCUACUCCGUGUAUCCUUCACUUGUUUGAAUGGAGGAAUUGCUGAGACAAGUGGAGGUGCUACUCAGCAUGGAAGGUUUUUUAUUGGUACGGAAAGAACUCGACAGGUUACAGAGCAUAUGCCCAUCAAGUCCCGUACCCAAGAUGCUGAGUCCUGAGUUUGAAUGGAGGAAUUACCAAGACCUGUGGAGGGCUACUCAGCGUGGAAGGUUUUUAUUGGUACGAAAAGAACUUGACAGAUUACAAAGCAUAUGUAUUAACCCAGUAGCAGUGGGAUCAUGUUUCUUAAUGGUCCCUCUAAGCGAGAAAAAUGAGAAAAAAUCAUCACACACAAACCAUUUCAUAAUAUAUAUCAAAGCAUUUGUGAUCAGUUUAUGUAUCAUCUAUUUUGGGGGGGUUUAUAUCAUGGCACAAAUUUGGCCCGUCGCUGCUACACGGUAAAGCCACAAAUUUGGCCCGUCACUGCUACACGGUAAAGCCACAAAUUUGACCCGUUGCUGCUACUGGGUUAAGUCUCUUGCCCUAAGUGUAGUACCAAGUUUGCCGUUUAUGCUGGAGUGUUUCCGCUGCGUCCCUGAGCUGGAAACAAGUGCCAAAGCUGCGUUCCAGUAUCAUGAUGUGUGCCAAAGAGGAGAUAAUGUAGAAUGAUUGAGUUGGAAGAGUACAACCGUUUGUGUGACGAGAGUUUGGAAAAAAUUUAAGUGUAGUGUGUUACGUAUGGAAGCAGUAAUGGUGUGCUGGUGCCAACAUUCCAAGGCUCAGUUUAAGUUAUUGGUGCCAAAAUAACAUCACUGAGGCAUGUCACUUCAACUGGUGCGAGCAUUCCAAGGCUCACACAGUAUAAGUUAUUGGUGCCAAAAUAAAGUCUAUCACAGAGGCUUGUCUCCUCAACUGGUGCCAACAUUCCAAGGCUCAGUUUAAGUUAUUGGUGCCAAAAAAACAUCACAGAGACAUGUCGCUUCAACUGGUGCCAACAUUCCAAGGCUCAGUUUAAGUUAUUGGUGCCAAAAAAACAUCACAGAGACAUGUCACUUCAACUGGUGCCAACAUUCCAAGGCUCAGUUUAAGUUAUUGGUGCCAAAAUUCAGUCUGUCACAGUGGCAUGUCACUUCAACUGGUGCCAACAUUCCAAGGCUCAGUUUAAGUUAUUCGUGCCAAAAUUCAGUCUGUCACAGUGGCAUGUCACUUCAACUGGUGCCAACAUUCCAAGCCUCAGUUUAAGUUGUUGGUGCCAAAAUUCAGUCUGUCACAGAGGCAUGUCACUUCAACUGGUGCCAACAUUCCAAGGCUCAUGCAGUCUAAGUUAUUGGUGCCAAAAUAAAGUACAUAUAUUAGCAUUAAUUACUAAAAACCUCUAUAAUCGAUAAUAUAUUCUAAUGGCCCUUGCUGUAAAUGUGAUUCAAGCAGUCACCACUCUUGAGGGUCUGGUUCCUCUUGGCUGUGGCUUCAUGGCAGGUCGUGGCUCCCUGAUGAGGCCGUCCCCUCUUGAGAACCACACAUCUAAUACACAAGCAUGUCAAGUGUCAACGUACAGCAGGUACAACUGUCUUACAUCAGGAUAAUCUCACCCUUAUAGAUACUUAGGGAAACACAUGUAUGAAAGUCUUUGGCAACUGAAAUAAUCUGGAUUCUUUGCCCUUCAAGUUUCUCGAAGCUGUGAUACAGCAGCACAGAAGUCUGACUCUGGCAAGGGAGUUCCCAAGUGGCAUCUUACUUGGCACUCAGGGUGUAAACAGGGGGCCAGUGUCUGUGGCUGUCCCUGCAUAGAAAGAAGUACCUCAGGCCUCAGGGUCAAGUUACUUACUGGUGGGGUGGCCAAUAUCUGUGGCUGUCCCUGCACAGUAAGAAGUAUUGCAGGCCUCAGGGUCAAGUUACGUACUGGUGGGGUGGCCAAUAUCUGUGGCUGUCCCUGCACAGUAAGAAGUAUUGCAGGCCUCAGGGUCAAGUUACGUACUGGUGGGGUGGCCAAUAUCUGUGGCUGUCCCUGCAUAGUAAGAAGUAUUGCAGGCCUCAGGGUCAAGUUACUUACUGGUGGGGUGGCCAAUAUCUGUGGCUGUCCCUGCAUAGUAAGAAGUAUUGCAGGCUCAGGGUCAAGUUACGUACUGGUAGAGUCCAUAAGAUUUGUAAGGAGCCAGCUACCUUCAACCUGGUUCUCCCUUUGCUGAGAGUCAUAGAAUAUAGUAGUCACCUCAUUACAGUGGAUAGGAGACAGCCAGUGUUCCUUACAUUAUUCUCAACAGGGUAUAUUUCAAGCGGAACACUUUUGCUUCGUAAUUAAUCAAUAGUUCAGGUCUGCUUCGAUGUUAGUGUUUCCAAUGUUACAUACGAGUCAUCUGGUGUGUUGUGUGCAAGGCUCUCUUUUGUGUUACCCAGUGUGUUAUUUUGUGUUGGUAACGUGUAGUGUGUUGUCAGGCCUUGAUAGAGGUAGACUACACUGUUUCCCUUUGUUAGUCUUCUAGUCCACUAAUAUAUGAUAACCCGUGUCAUUCCGCCCAUAGAAGUAGGAGUACAUAGUCAUUGGCACCGUUCCGUCCAUAGUAACCGUUCCGUCCAUAGUGGUAUUAGUAGUAGCAUAUGUUCAUUGUCACUUUGUCCAUAGAGUUAGUCCACCUCUUCCACUCCAUCCACAAAUGUUCCACUCAGCAGCCUUUGUCAGUCUGUCCAUUGUAAUAAGAAUCUCAGGCCUUUAGAUUAAGGUGUUAACAUUGUAUUAUAGUCUACAGAUUUGUACUUGUAUAGAUUUAUCAGUGAUGGAAAGUACAAGAUAUUUAACUCAUGAAAA